GCGCGAGACAGGCGACACUGCACGGCUGCGCGAAAAGGGGGAUGUGGGAUCCCCCCCUUACCGGAACGCUGGGGACGCGUCCGGUGAGCAAGGGGUCUGGUGAGGGAGGUGAGGGUGAGGAGGACGAUGUCUGGUGGAAAUGGUCACCGCGGGACCACAACAAGGAUGAAAGUUGCAGGUCUGAGAGAGAUCCUGUCUGGGAGGCAGAGAAGACCUGGGUUCUGGUGCCUUUUCCGUGUUGGAUUCGCUGGAACCUCGGAGGCAGUUCAUUGCUUUCCUCCCCUCUCCUCUUCCAAGCAGUGACAAAGUUUCUGUGCCCACACAGCCUCUGUCUGGGUAUCUGAGUUGAGACCUUGUUGAGACCUGCACAGGAGCUCUCCUAAACCUGUGUCAGCCCAGGACUGGCAGCCUCACACCGACGUUAUCCCUAGGUGGAUUCCCCUAAUCGUAACUACUCUAUCAGGCUCUCAAAGUGCAAGCCACCUAGGACAAGCCUCAAGAAAGACUAAGUCAAGGAUCAUCCUGUGUGUUUAUUUGCAUUUAAGGACGCACCAGCUUCUAAAUCAGCUUUUCAGAGAGUUUAAGCUCCAGCAGACAGUCUAGAUAUCCUACCAUCUUAAUGUUGCCCUUUGAGGAAAUUGUGGGGACUGAACCCAGAUGUCACUUGUGACUGAGGCUCCACGGUUCCCAGGGGCUCCUUUCAGGACUCAUAGAAACCUCCUGCACCUUGGUGAUGGCACAGAGGGACUGUUAUUUUUCCUUGGAACCUGAAUGACUGCUGAGAAGGAAGGCGAAAAUAAAGUGCUUGUCUCUCCUGGUGACUUCGGGCCGCAGCGCAGGCUGUCGUAUUGAGCCCCUUUUAGAACCCGAGGACAAGACCCACCUGAACAUGAGUCAUGAGUGAAACAUCUUGCUCUUUUUUUAUUGAGAAAGAAUUUCAAGAUGGGCAGCUAGAAAAUGUCUCUGCUGGGCUCUCUUCAUCGUACAAGGACAAGGGUGCACUCAUGGCUUUCAGAGGAAUUCCUAUCUCCGAGCUGACGAACCAUGGCAUUCUCCAGGCCCUGACGGCAGAAACCAAUGGGUGGCAGCCAGGUGUUGUGAGUGAAGAGGUCCUCAGAGCCCAGGAAGAGUGGGAAGUGGUGGACACCAUCCAUCCAGACAUAGAGAGUGGAGUCCACUGCCAGCAGCCUGGCCAGCUCAUCUCCUUCAACGAGGCCCUGGAGCACUUCCAGAGUGUGGACCUUUCCUCUUUCAAGAAAAGAAUCCAGCCCACUAUUCAAAGGACUGGGCUCGCCGCCCUCCGGCAUUGCCUUUUCGGGCCGCCAAAGCUGCACCAGGGUCUUCGGGAAGAAAGAGACUUGGUUCUCACCAUUGCUCAGUGUGGCCUGGACAGCCAAAACCCAACGCAUGGCCGAGUGCUCCAGACCAUCUACAAGAAGCUGACUGGCUCCAAGUUCGACUGUGCCCUUCACGGAGACCAUUGGGAAGACCUGGGCUUCCAGGGAGCAAACCCAGCCACAGACCUCCGGGGGGCAGGCUUCCUGGCCCUCCUGCACCUACUCUACCUGGUCAUGGACUCAAAGACGUUUCUGAUGGCCCAGGAGAUCUUCCGCCUGUCUCAUCACCAUAUCCAGCAAUUCCCCUUCUGUUUGAUGUCUGUGAACAUCACCCGCAUUGCCAUCCAGGCCUUGAGAGAGGAGUGUCUCUCCAGGGAGUGUAAUCGGCGGCAGAAGGUCAUCCCGGUGGUGAACAGCUUCUACGCGGCUACUUUCCUUCAUCUGGCUCGCGUGUGGAGGACCCAGCAGAAGACUAUUUUAGACUCAGGCUUUGUCCUCAAAGACUUGGAAGCGUUGGCCAAGAAGAGCCCAAAACGACUGCUCAAGACCCUGGAUGACUACCUCGCCCAGGUGUCAAAGGGACAGACCUCCUUGUUGGAGGCACACAAGCGCCCUGGAUCACAGGGACCUCACUCCAGGGAUCUCACUUUCACAGGCGUGUGUGACCUGCAGUCUCACUCAUUCGAGAGUGCAGGGUUGAUCUGACCCACCACGGAGAGACCAGGACAGGCUGGGUCGCUGGGGCUCUCUGAACUAAAGAAUCAUGUCUGGGCCAAAGCCCUUCGUGCCCCUGCAGAUGAGACUAGGAGGCUCCCGGGUGUGUGUAGUGACACCCACGCCCACAUUUCUACAUCAGCAGAGCACAUUCAGGCAGCUAGAAUUACCCCCCCAUGCCGUCCUCCAAGCACGGAGUCUUCUGUCCUUCCCAGCUGGACUCCACUUCACAGGGUUGGACUCCUGAUAUCUCAGUGGAACUGAACAGAGCACAGGGCCAGACAGCCCUAUCAGAAUUGCCUACACGUCUGCACCUAGAGGCAGAGACCCUGGAAGCAACAGCCAAGAUUCUGACUCCCAACAGCUGUCCCCAGUGUCUGUGGUUGGAAUUGGAAGGACAGAGACAGCAAUAUCUUCAGCCAUCAGGGGGCAGCACAACACAGAAAAAGUGACUGAUAGGCAGGUCCUCUCUUCCUCCAGCCACCGAUUUUUCAAGACACUUGUUUCCACCCUACCCUUCUCCUCUUUCCCCUCCCUCUCCUUUGCCCACCAUUGUUUGUAAUCUAGAAAUGGGUACUCGGCUGGCUAGACUAGUCAUUGAGCGUCCCACCCCCAACGCCCACAGGCUGGAGCGCCUAUGGAGACCACUACCUAUCUACCCUGGCUGAGAGGCAAAGGAAACUCACCCACCAGCAGUUUUAGAAUAAAGGAAUUGUUGUAAUCUCUGGUA